AUGGUGGCUGCAAAGAUGAAAAAGUCUCUGGAGUCCAUCAACUCUAGGCUCCAACUCAUUGUGGGAAGUGGAAAGUAUGUGCUGGGGUACAAGGAAACUCUGAAGAUGAUCCGACAAGGCAAAGCAAAACUGGUUAUCCUCACCAACCACCAUCUGGCUUUGAGGAAAUCUGAAGUAGAGUAUGUUAUGUUGGCCAAAACAGGUGUCCAUCAAUACAGUGGUAAUAAUAUUGAAUUGGGCACAGUGUAUGGAAAAGACUACAGAGUAUGCACACUGGCUAUCAUUGAUCCAGGUGUUUCUGAUAUUAUUAAAAGCAUGUCAAAACAAAUUGGUGAAAAGUAA